AUGGGUAUGAGUUUUAGUGGUUUUUUCAUUUCUCAGGAGCUUAGAUGUGGAUUAUGCCCUGUAGUACUGUUAUCCUUUUCUGGUGGUUCUAAAGCCUGCAUGUAUAAGGUUCUCCAGAUCAUACAAGGUUGUUCAGAUUUGGAGCUCUGUCUGGAGGACAAUAGGUUACUUGUCAGUUGCAUCUCAGGGCAGAUUUAUGAUUCCGAUCCUAUUGAAUUUACUUCUGAUUUGGGUGCCCGGUUUUCUCUGCACCGCUCUAUCCUCAAAUUUCCGGGAUCAUCAAAGCUGAUUUCAUUGUUUGCUAAAGGUGUCACCUCAAGCUUGGAUGCUCUAUUUAUCACCAGAUUUGGAUCCCAACGUGCAGAUUACUGGCAAACCCUUUAUUCCUCAGUUGGUUUAGGUGCCCCCUUUCUUAUUUUAUGCUCGGAAAAUGAUGAGGUGGCUCCACUUUCAACCUCGACCAACUUUGCUCAGCGUUUACAGGAUUUAGGCGGUUAUGUAAAAGUUGUGACAUGUAGUGCAGGUCUUAUCAAGCAUCAAUCAAUACAGUAUACAACUGCCAUAACCGAGUUUCUUGAGCAGGCUACUUCAAUUUUCUCUGAGAAAAUACAGAAUCUCGGGGAGAAGUCUUACAUGGACGACAUGCAUAAUAAAAUAUCCAAUUUGAUAUGUGAUCUCCAGAAUGCGGCAGUGGACUCGAAUCAGAGCUUCAGAAGAGUCGCUGUCGGGCCAAACGAUCACUUUUUCCUACCAAGCUCAACAUGUUACCAAAACAACAAAGAAUAUGGGUCUGUACAACAAGAAAGCAAAGAGAGGUCACCUAAUCGUUCAAGUCCUCCUUGUAUGGGUGCAAAUAGUGUUCUCGGCCAAGCGCUUUUUGACGCGUGUGUACCAAAAAAUGUUGAGGGAUGGGAUAUUAAAUUCUCCGGGUCUUUGAAUGGGGAGCCGUUUGCUUCUGUUCGCAAGAGGCCACCGUUUAGAGGCAUGAAACUUAAAUCAAGACUAUAA